CGUGGUACGGGGAUGAGAAAGCGGUGACUGAGGCGGCCGCUGUGGCCGCCGAGGGAACGACCAUGGGGCUUCCGUGGCUCACCUGGGCCGCCCUUUGGUGCGGCGCGUGGCUCUCGGCGGCGCAAGCCAAGACGGUCCGGGGCGGCUUCUCCAGCGCGGCCGCCGGAGCUGGCCAGGCGGCGGCUCAGUUCCAGUUCCACGGUGAUUGUGCUCUUCUGUAUGUCAGAAUCAACAAUGUAGCAACAGCAGUUGGAAAAGAAGCCAAGCUUCACCUCUUUCAAGCUCAGGAAUGGCUAAAGCUGCAAGAAAGCUACCAGGAUUACAGCUGUAAAGAGAGAUUGUCCAAAGCUCAGCUGAUAAUGCAUCUGAACAGCACAGAACAAAAUUUGACUGUGUCCCAGAUUCCGUACCCUGACACAUGGUAUGUGUUUUAUGUCGACAAGUUUACCUGUGCGGUGAAUUAUGAGGACUCUGAAUCCGAGGAAGUUCAAUUUGAAAUGGUGUUACUAAAUCCAGAUGCGGAAGGGAAUCCUUUAGAUCACUUUAGUGCAGGGGAAUCAGGCCUCCAUGAGUUCUUCUUCCUGCUUGUUCUGGCAUACUUCAUCGCUGCUUGCAUAUAUGCUCAGACAUUGUGGCAGACGAUUAAAAAAGCAGGACCUAUGCACACUGUGUUAAAAGUUUUGUCGACCGUUCUGCUCUUGCAAGCUGCUUCCGCUUUUGCUAACUACCUGCAUUUUUCAAGUUACUCUAAAAAUGGAGUAGGAGCACCUUUUAUGGGAAGCCUUGCAGAGUUGUGCGACAUAAUCUCUCAGGUGCAGAUGCUCUAUCUACUGCUCAGCUUGUGCAUGGGAUGGACAAUAGGGAGAAUGAAGAAAUCUCAGAGUAAACCUCUCCAGUGGGAUUCCACUCCAACAUCCACAGCCAUUGCGAUAGCUGUCGUGGUAACACAGGGCAUUUUGCUAAUUUGGGAACAGUUUGAGGAUACAAAUCAUCACAGCUACCACUCACACCAAAGUUUAGCAGGCGGGCUUCUCAUUGGCUUGAGAAUUUGCCUAGCUCUUUCGCUUGGCUGCGGACUUUACCAGAUCAUCCGAAUUGAGAGAAGUACACUGAAAAGAGAAUUCUAUAUCACUUUCACAAAAGGCUGUCUUCUAUGGUUUUUGUGUCAACCAAGUCUUGUAUUUAUAUCUCUAAUGUUAAGAGAUUAUCAGCGAGAGAAGGCCAUUACCGUAGGUGUCAUCCUCUGCCAGUUGUUCUCCAUGGUCCUCCUGUACCGACUCUUUGUUUCCCAUAGUCUGUAUUGGGAAGUGUCCUCCCUCUCUUCAGUAACACUGCCACUUACAGUAGCAUCUGGGCAUAAAAGUCGGCAUCACUUCUGACAUGCAUCUGGGAGAUCCGUUGACAAAUGUGCAAUAAAGACUUGGAAAUGUGCAGCUGUUUUCAGCAGUGAAUCCACCACAGAGGAUCUUUGGGAGAAACGAAACAAUCAAAACACAGAAUUGCACUGCUGCAGGAGCUGAACGAGUGCAGGUAUGAGGCAGAUUUCCUCAAAAAUUGCGACAAAGCAUCUUGGAUGAAGUCAAAGAAAAUUCUUAACCUCGGUGUUUUCACUUAAAAACUGCCUCAUCUUACAUUGGAACUAGAUCCAAAUUGUAAUAACUACAGGCAUAAAUGGAUCACAUAGACCACUUUUGGAAUUAAAAUAAUAUAUUGAUUUAAAGUUGCUUUGAAACAGUGCAAAUUGUGCAGAAGUUUAAAAGGACUUAGAAAUUGUAAUAGGUCCGGGAAACCAGUGUAAAAUGUUUACAGCAAACUGUAGCACUCAUUAUUUGUGUUUUUGAAAACGAAAAGAAAACACACUUCCUUGCCUUGAGAUUUGGAUGCAGUUCAGAUUUCAGCUUGAUUACCAAUUGCUUUUUACACACCAUAUUUGUGACAAAUGUUACAAGAGCAUAAGGGUGAUGGACUAACUUGAGUUCUGUUUUU